AUGCACCCCUGCAGACGCAGCCUCCCUUUCCCCCUCAACUGUCAACUCGUGAAGGUUGGAACUGCAGAUUAUGGAGGUGCCUCGGACCAGAGUGAUCAGCAGCUGGACUGUGCCUUGGACUUGAUGAGGCGCCUGCCUCCACAGCAAAUCGAGAAAAACCUCAGUGACCUGAUCGACCUGGUCCCCAGCCUAUGUGAAGACCUCCUGUCUUCCGUUGACCAGCCUCUGAAAAUCGCCAGAGACAAGGUGGUGGGAAAGGAUUACCUCUUGUGUGACUACAACAGAGAUGGGGACUCCUAUAGGUCACCAUGGAGUAACAAGUAUGACCCUCCCCUGGAAGACGGGGCCAUGCCUUCUGCUCGGCUGAGGAAGCUGGAGGUGGAAGCCAACAACGCCUUUGACCAGUACCGAGACCUGUAUUUUGAAGGUGGUGUCUCAUCUGUCUACCUCUGGGAUCUGGAUCAUGGUUUUGCUGGAGUGAUCCUCAUAAAGAAGGCUGGAGAUGGAUCAAAGAAGAUCAAAGGCUGUUGGGACUCCAUCCACGUGGUGGAAGUGCAGGAGAAGUCCAGUGGUCGCACCGCCCAUUACAAGCUGACCUCCACGGUGAUGCUGUGGCUGCAAACCAACAAAUCGGGCUCUGGCACCAUGAACCUCGGGGGCAGCCUCACCAGACAGAUGGAGAAGGACGAGACCGUGAGCGACUGCUCUCCGCACAUAGCCAACAUCGGGCGCCUGGUGGAGGACAUGGAGAACAAAAUCAGAAGUACGCUGAACGAGAUCUACUUCGGGAAGACAAAGGACAUCGUCAACGGGCUGAGGUCUGUGCAGACUUUUGCAGACAAAUCAAAACAAGAAGCUCUUAAGAACGACCUGGUGGAGGCUUUGAAGAGAAAGCAGCAGUGUUAA